AUGGCCCAACUCACCACAGCAAGCUUCCUCGACAAAUCUCUCUCGGAAAUCGGCGCUGUGUUCAACGGCUACCGAAUCCUUUUGGGUCCGGGACUUACUGCCAUCGCCCGAGGUCUUCAAGAGCGUUAUGACAAAGCCUUGGCGGAUCUGACGGAGCGAUAUCAGACAAUCACUCAGAAGCUGAAGAUAAGCGAAGAAACGAUUAUGGAGUUGCAGUCUAAGGGUGUCGAGAAAGACAAGAAAAUCAAGGACCUCACUGAGGAGCGGAAGAUGUUCUGGGCGGGGAAGGAACGCGCUGCUCACAAGCGCAAGUUUGGCAUGACUGAGCACGAUGAAGGGUACAGCGACGAGGUGCAUGAAGACGCCGACAGUGGCCUGAAGUAUAAGCGGCAACACAAGCGGAGUGUGCAGACGGGAAGACGUAGCGACGAUGAGACGCUCAUGAAGGUGUUCAAGGAGGUCAACUCACUGGUCAAGGAGAACCCAAAGUGCACGGGCGACACCCCUWUCGGCAUUGCCUUCGACAGAAUCCGUCUUCUGAUCAAGAAUAAAGGCGGAAACAACACCGUCUUUCUGAUCAGCAUCCUGGAAUCGGCGAGGGAGAUGGUAACGGAGAUCACACUCGACAGCAGCAAGGGAAUCGGUUGGUCAUUCCGCCGCAUCCGACGUCUUCUGCGUGAUUGA